AUGGCCCCACGUUCGCUCCUUCCCGCAAUCGUCAUGCUCGGUCGCUCGCACACACCCCUCCGCCCCUCCAACAGGUUUAUGCAGCCAGAGUCCCCUGCCGAAUUCGAAAACGCCUCCUUUCCACCAGUCGCCCCCGAAGCCCUCGAAUCCACCUCCCAGCAUGGACAGCGCCGCGACGAUGACCCGCAGCCUCCUCUGCAACCUCACUCAGGUGGGUCGCGAGGAGAUUCCGAGUCACCGUCCGGUGGCGACACGCGCGACGCGACGCGGUCCGCGUCACCCAGCGCGGGCGCCGAUGCUGAGACCGAGGGAUUGAAGGGUCUCAGGCUGUCGACGCCGCCGCCGCGGAACAGAAUCGACGAAUACGAGAAAGCGCUCUCCAAGUCAGCGCGCAAGAACCCGGAAGGGCCUCUCUUUGAGGUUAUCAAGAGCGUGCGAAAGCCGGACGAUAAGCGCUCCCCUAUCGCGCAUUUGCCCAACGAGAUCCUGAUCCACGCCAUUGCACACCUGUCGCCGAACGAUCUCGCGGCUGUCGCGCUUGUUUCUCGGCGCUUCAACGAUCUCGUUACGACGCCGCACGCAUGGCAAGUAGCCUUCGCGCGCUACUUCCCGGGCCCUGGCGCGCUCGAAGAUGCUGCUAUCAACGCGGCUUUGGAGGAUAAUGGUGACAUUGUGCGGUCGGAGAAGAGGAUAUUCACGAGGCUCACCGCGUUGGCAUCAUGGCGCAGUGAAUACAUCCUGCGCACCAGGAUGCUGCGCUCCUUGGUUCGCGGCAAGCCUAUGCAAGACGCCCCGACCCCGUCGCGGGCUGGCCUGGUGCAGAGUGUGCUACCAGUAGUGACCUACGACGCCAAGACGUACACGACGAUCAACCAUAUACAUGCUUCGUUUGGCAGUGGCCUGAAUAAGAAGGAGCCGCGGUUCAUCCACGGUGCAGACGACGUUGGCAUGUCCACGACGAGCGACCCGACUAUCGCAAAGGUCGAUCCAUGGGGCCAGAGCGAUCCCAACUUCUACAGCCAGUUUUCCGAACGCUUCCCAGGGACUGCGGAGUGGGGCCUUGGGUCCGGUGAAGUGGUGGGACGACCAAAUGUCAUGGAUGUGUCGCAGCCUCACGGCAUGAUAUACGGCCAGGGCUGUCCGGAAGGCUCUUGCUACUACCGCGCGACCGACGAGAUGCGCGGUCGCUUCAUCGCAGACCCUCUGGACUUCAGCAGUCCCGAAUUUGGAGUCCCCAAACUGGGCGUGGACGGUGGCGCUAUCUGUAGCGUCUGGAUCGCAAAGUCCAACACGAUACCAACACUUUCCGAGGGCGUCAUUGGAAUGCUGAUGGGCUCUGCUGCAGGUGUGGUGACUGCCUGCAGUCUCGGCACGGAUGGUGUAAAGGCGGCCCGUCUGCAAAAGGGCGAGCUUACUGCUCGCUGGAUCCUCAGUCCUGGUGUUCCAAUCAUCUCGAUUGUUGUCGACGAUAACUACUCUACGAAACGGCAGACUCAGAACCGCAUCUGGGCGGUAGCUCUCAAUGCACUUGGAGAAUUGUUCUACCUGACCAAGUUUCCCACCCGCAGUCACGCCAUUACAACCGACAUUGCGGAACCUACCGAGUACUUGGCUUGGCUGACCGGACGGAGUGUUUAUUGGAACCUAGUCGAGCCCAGUAGGCGUACUGCCAGACCGGACCCUUAUAGCGAUGCCGAGAUUGAUGGCAGUUAUUCUCCGCGCACAUCGUGGGACGGCAUGUGCUUGGGCAAGCAGCAGAUUGCUGCGGAGACGAGAGAGAUCCAGCAGUUUCUUCGCAAACCGCCCAAAGACUUUCGAAAGUCUUGUCUUGGCUGGGAUAUGCGCAGGCGCCUCGAGGUCGAUUUCGCUGGAGACGAUGGCAACGACGCAGGUGAAGCACUAGUCAUCCUUGAAUGUGGUCUUGACGAAGGUACCACUGCGGAGGUCACACGCUUCACUCGAUGGAGAUCGAGCGACAGAGACAAGAGUACCGCUACGUCUACUCGCACUGCGACGCCGCAAUUGUCCCAAGGUCCGUCACUCUUCGGUGGCCCUGGGGUCAGCACACCAGUCACUAUCCAGGCACCAUUACGGAAUCGCAGCUCCUCCUACAUGUCGACCAGUAGCUCACCCGAGCCGGCUAGCCUUGUGGAAGAGUGGCGGUCCUCCAAGUUCAACUUCGGUGGUUUCAAGAAUACUCGACUGAUCGUGUCGGCGCUGGACAGUUCGACCUUUGCCACGCUUACCCUGUCUGAAGAUCCAGCGCUGGGGUUCUCGACAGCAUCGACAGCAUCGUCGCCAUACGCGUCACCGAUGUCAGUGGCAAGCCAGCCAGCCUCGCCUGCAGACAUUCCUGGUCAACGAGCGCGCUUCCUCGCAGUAGGCACCAAGAGCGGGACGGUGAUUGUGUGGGAUGUGAGAGCGCCCGUCUCACGGUCGUCCGAGUAUCCCAAUAAUGUCGAGCCUCUUCGCAUUAUUUAUACCGACUCUCCCGAGAUUUCGUCACUAGCUUUGACAUCUCUCUACCUCGUUGCUGGCGGCAACGACGGACUGGUCCAGGCUUGGGACCCACUCGCGUCCAGUAUGUCGCCCAUUACAACAUUGCAUUCGCGCCAUGCAACUCGCGCUCGCAGACGUCUCGUACAAGCGCAAGCCUCUGCUCAGGGUGUCGGCAUCAACAUGUUUGCAGCUGGUGCUGUGUGCAUCGAUCCGGACCCAACAGUUCUGCGCGGUGUGGUCUCGCUUGGCAAUCAGCUCCGCUGGUGGAGCUUCAGUUCAUCUGCGGCUGACCAGUACAAGAGCAGCAAACGUCGCCUUCGUCGCGCAGAGCGGGGCACGAACCAAGCCAAUGAUCGCUUCACUGGAACUGGGCGGGUGAACUUGAAGGGCUACAUUGAGAACGAGCAGUUCGAGCUGGAGCGGGACAAGAUACAGAGACGCAAGCAGGCUGAGCGGCAAGCAGCUCGGUACGGGACUGAGCUGCUUGAAGACGAAGACGAAGCACUAGCAUACGCUCUGCUUCUUUCACAAGAGAACGCAGAGAUUGAGGAGAAGAAGCGCCGCGAGAGCGAGUUCAUUGAGUUGUCUCGCCAGGAGACCAUCAAGCCUGAGCCCAGCAGCACUGCCCAACCUUCUUCCCACAAUGCCGCCGACCCAGGCGACGAAGACCUCGACCCCGACAUCGCCGAAGCCAUCCGCCUCUCUCUCGCCGAGAGCAACGGCGCCGACCCUUUCUCCUCCGACCCUUUCGAGCCCUCCCCCUUCGACAUCCCCAUCAAGUACGCCAAGGGCAAGAAGUACGCCUCCAGUUCUCCCUGGAACACGCCAGCAAAGAAGGGCAAAGCGGGUGCGAGCUCAAACAACGGGAAUGAGCUGAGCGAUCUGGAGUUCGCGAUGCAGUUGAGUCUCGCAGAGGAGCAGAGCAGGAGGGACAUGGAAGAGGACCAGUUCCCGGCGCUGAGUCCGAGAUUGGGGAGUGGGAAGGGGAAGGGGAAGGCGAGGGGGUGGUAG